GCCCGCCCUGGUGGCCGCAGCGGCCGCCUCGGUGAGGCAGAGCCCCGGGCCGGCGCUGGCGCGCCUCGAGGGCCGCGAGUUCGAGUUCCUCAUGCGACAGCCUAGCGUCACCAUCGGCCGCAACUCGUCGCAGGGCUCGGUGGACCUGAGCAUGGGCCUGUCCAGCUUCAUCUCGCGGCGCCACCUGCAGCUCAGCUUCCAGGAGCCGCACUUCUACCUGCGCUGUCUCGGCAAGAACGGCGUCUUCGUGGACGGAGCCUUCCAGCGGCGCGGCGCCCCCGCCCUGCAGCUCCCACCCCAGUGUACCUUCCGGUUCCCCAGCACGGCCAUCAAGAUCCAGUUCACAUCCCUGUACCAUAAAGAAGAGGCUCCAGCGUCUCCCCUCCGGCCGCUCUACCCCCAGAUCUCCCCGCUAAAGAUCCACAUUCCGGAGCCGGAUCUCCGGAGCCUGGUCAGCCCCAUCCCCUCCCCGACUGGCACCAUCAGUGUCCCCAACUCUUGCCCAGCCAGUCCACGUGGAGCCGGGUCCUCUGGCUACCGCUAUGUCCAGAACGUGACCUCAGACCUGCAGCUGGCUGCAGAGUUUGCAGCGAAGGCCGCCUCGGAGCAGCAGGCAGACACAUCCGGCGGGGACAGCCCCAAGGAUGAGUCGAAGCCACCGUACUCCUAUGCCCAGCUGAUCGUGCAGGCCAUAUCCUCGGCCCCGGACAGGCAGCUAACACUAAGCGGCAUCUACGCGCACAUCACCAAACAUUACCCGUACUACAGGACGGCCGACAAGGGCUGGCAGAACUCCAUCCGGCACAACCUCUCUCUAAACCGUUACUUCAUCAAAGUCCCGCGGUCCCAGGAGGAGCCUGGUAAAGGCUCUUUCUGGCGGAUAGAUCCUGCCUCCGAGGCCAAACUGGUGGAACAAGCCUUCCGAAAACGGAGACAGAGGGGCGUCUCCUGCUUCCGCACCCCCUUCGGGCCUCUGUCCUCACGGAGUGCUCCGGCCUCACCCACUCACCCUGGGCUGAUGUCCCCUCGCUCCAGUGGCCUGCAGACUCCAGAGUGCCUGUCUCGGGAGGGCUCCCCCAUUCCACAUGACCCUGAGCUAGGCUCAAAAUUGGCCUCCGUCCCGGAGUACCGGUAUUCCCAAAGCGCACCUGGGUCCCCUGUCAGCGCCCAGCCAGUGAUCAUGGCCGUGCCUCCCCGACCAUCCAACCUAGUGGCCAAGCCUGUCGCCUACAUGCCAGCCUCCAUAGUGACCUCACAGCAGCCCUCAGGCCACGCCAUCCACGUGGUGCAGCAGGCCCCUACUGUCACCAUGGUCAGAGUGGUCACCACCUCUGCCAAUUCAGCCAAUGGCUACAUCCUCGCCAGCCAGGGCUCCACAGGGAGCUCACACGACACCACGGGCACAGCCGUGCUAGACUUGGGCACUGAAGCCAGAGGCUUGGAGGAGAAGCCAACCAUUGCCUUUGCCACGAUCCCUGCGGCCAGCCGAGUCAUCCAGACAGUGGCCAGCCAGAUGGCCCCCGGGGUUCCUGGGCACACCGUCACCAUCCUGCAGCCGGCCACACCAGUAACCAUCGGGCAGCACCAUCUCCCCGUCCGGGCUGUCACUCAGAAUGGAAAGCAUGCGGUUCCCACGAACAGUUUAGCCACCAAUGCUUACGCCCUCACCAGCCCCCUGCAGCUCCUUGCAGCCCAGGCGAGUUCGUCCACGCCGGUGGUGGUCACCCGGGUAUGUGAGGUGGGGCCUGAGGAACCAGCAGCAGUGGUCACAGCAGCCACCAGUGCCACCCCAACCGCGGCCGCCUCUACUGCCACCUCAGCCUCUUCCAGCGGGGAACCUGAGGUCAAACGGUCCCGGGUGGAGGAGCCUGGUGGGACAGCAACCAUGCAGGCCGGGGUGAUGGCAGCUGCCGGCCCCCAGGGCCCAGGCACCGGGGAGUGAAGUCACCUGCAUGCACGCACAAGGGUGGACUCACACCACGGGAGCCUGAGUGGAGCAGACAGCUGCGCCCGGACAGAUGGGAGGGAAACGCUGCAGCUGCCCGCCCCGAGGCCGCCACACCAGAACACUCGUCCUGCCCAUUUAUCUCCUGUCCUCCCAAGGUUUGAAACAAAAACACAUAAAUAAGUUCAGACAACUGAUUGUAUGAUUCUGGGGAUUCUGCGUAUUUCUUUCUGUCUCCUUCUGCACCAUCAUCCCUCCCUGGCCCUUCGGUCAAGGGUGUGGGGAGAAGAUCGAGCCCCAGCACCUCAGGAACCCAGCAAGACGCUCACCUACGACAAAGAGGACCGCACCCCAUGUCCUGGCUUCAGAGCUUUGCCAAGGCAGCUGCCUGUCCCUGGGGGAGCCAAGAGAGCGAAGCUGUACACCCAAGGCCUCUUCUGCGGGAGGCGGAGCAGGAACGGAUGCCUAUUCGAAAUCAGGAAUAGGCCAGAGAAAGGCAGGAGCUGCGAAACUGAAGACUGUUUUUUGGUGUCUUUUCCCAAAAGUGGCAUAAAAAAUACCGGCAUUAAUUGGGGUGGGAAGGGGAGUUGUCUGGUUUGGCCUUGGAACUCAAGUGUCUCUUGCUGUGUUAAAACACGGCAUGCAGGCUUAUCCCAGAUCGGAGCCAAAAGCCCACGGGGCCCUGUGUCUUCGAGGCUCCCAUCCAUGGACAGUUGAGUAGCUGGCGUCACCCUGCCAUCACCCCCCAGGAGAGUGAACCGGCCGCCCCGUCUGAUAACUUCAAGAAGGGUCGCGGCUCGCACAGGAACAUCAAGAUGGAAGUGCUGUAGGUGGAGGGUCCGUCCUGCUACGACCCACGUGCCACGUGACAGGCCCAGGAAACACGGGCAGGAGCUGGUGCUUGGGGCAGGAGCCGGUCGCCUGCUUGGCAGGGAGGACGUUCGUGUGCCUCUCACUUCAAGACAGAGGAGGGGUGAGCCCCGAGUUCCCGGCAGCUCGGAUGUCCUGGUGCUCGUGGGCCAGUGGGACACAAUCUGCUGACAUUCUUUCCAGCCACAUUCCAGUUUCUUGACCACCCCAGCUCCACCCACUGUUUGAAAUUGGAACUGUUUCUUCUGCCUCAAGCGUGGGGCCUUGGGUCAGUUAGGAAGAAAACCCUCCUCAGGGAGCAGUGGGAAGCCCUGUGCCAACGUCACCGGUAUGAUUGCAACAUGGUGAGAACCAAAGGACAGGAUUGAUCGAGGGGUCCCAGGUCCCUUAGGGAAGCCCCUGCACACGUCCUGCCCAGCAGCCCGCUUUGAGCUCCCUCACAGCAGGGGGAGAAGUGGGAGCCUCUGCCCUGGCUCCUCCUGAAGGAUGCUUUCAGGAAACAUUACUGCAUCUGCGAAAAAGCUGCCUCCAGGCAGCCGGUCCCUCUUCCGUGGCUUCCGGAAGUGGAUCACGCCAAGAACGAAGCACAGUGGACACAGCUCCUGAAGGCACAGCCUGACCUUGGCAUCACAGCCUCUCACCAGCAGACAUCUUCCCCUGCCCUGGGCCUGAUGGAAAAGCCCCAGAGAGAUCAGGUCCUGGGCAGUGCGGGAGGGAGUGGUAGCCUGUCCACAAGAGCCAGGAGCCGGCAGGGUACGCGCCCCCUUAACAGGAGGGUGCGGCUGUCACAGUGACUCCAAGGUAGGGCCAGAAGGCAGGCCGCAGCGGGCUGGGACAGGGCCGGUGGGUGAUGGGACAGCCCCAGGCUGUAUCUCCUGGCAUUUGGCCUUCUGCCUCACUGAGGAAAAUCCCUGUCCUGUUGCUUUUUAAAGUGCCCCCCCCAUUUCUAUGGCACUAAAUUUGAAUGGGAAAUAAGCUCUGUUCUGAAGUCUGUAUCCGUGUGACCAUGGUGGAGUUUCAGAGAAUCGGGUGUGGGUGACAGCAGCCGCCUGUGCCCUUGCCAGAUGGGACCGCGGCGAAGUGGCCAAGGGUUCCCACACCGAGGGUUCGCACCGCUCCCCUCCUGGGAGUGCUGUCUCUUCUGUGCGCAUGGUGCCUGUGUGGGUCGGGAGGAGGGAUGGGGCGAGGGGGCCUGAGGAACUGUGUGACAAGGGACAUCAGGGGCUGUGGUGUCUUCCCCUUCCUUGGGCCUCAUUUGUACCCAGGCUGCAGGAUCUCGUUGUUUUGGCUCCAACCUAUUUGCUCUCCUGGCGUCUGUGACGUUUUGGUCUCUGUCCUCCGUUGGUGACUUUGAUACUGGUGCCAGGGGAAGGGGUGUGGAGGGUGCUGGGGAGGAUGGAGAUGUGCCCGACUAGGAGAGAGAUGAAGGGAGGGACUUUGGGGUCAGUGCAGAUGGUUUGGGCCAGAGGCCCCUGCUGGGGAGGACUGCUCUGGGGGUGUAGGAUGAGUGUUUCGAGGGUCUCUGGUCACCCACCAGGCGGCACACCUGGCUUGUGUUGGAACACACUCUGGAGCUGAAAGCCAUAAAUCCUGGCCAGAGGGCCCCCCCCCCGGUGCAUGCUGAACCUUCCCACAGGGCUCUCCUGAGCGCACCCGCAGGGCCAGAGCCCCACCGGGUGCCAGGAGAGCUGACACCGCGCUCAGGGUGCCCAUGACCCGCCACGGGACAAGGUCCCACGCAGCCUUCCUGGCUGAGGGAGAGCAGACCAGCCAUGGUUGUGGCACAGGGUCAGCUUCGCUGCACCUGUGGACCCCGAUGAACUUGCUGUGUCACCCAGGGUUCCUGGCCCUGCGUGGUCUAGGGUAGAGAGGAAACCUCUGCUCAUCUGAUGGGCUACAGGCGGAGACUGGCGUCCACUCUCUUCCAGUGCUUUCUGCCCAGCCAUCGCCUCACAGAUGCAGGACGGGGUCAGUGACAGAAGUCACCAUUUUUAAACAGUUGGGUGCAUCCCACCAAGACUGGCUGUGUAGUGUGGGACAUGAGAAGGGCUCCCUGCCACCGUGGCACUGACCGAAGCCGGGAGCUCAGGGAGGCCCAGGGCCCCAGCCUGGUGUCCGGAGGGGAGUGUGCAGCAUCUCUGCAGUCAGCACCUCCUGGGUGAAGCCCUGGCGGCUGCCUGUGUGGGAGUCCGUGGCCCCGCCUUGGAGGAAUCCACACUCUUCUCCUUCUUUCCAAAUCCUCAGAAGUCACGCGGUGCAUGGCCUGUCCUGCAGUCAGGACCAUGCUGCCCGGUCUCAAGGACAUUUGGUUGUCCCCGAAUCCUUGCCAAGAGGUUUCCACACGCCCUGGGGAAGGAGAGACCCCAGGGUCUGGGGCCAGCGCUGGGAGGAGGCGGUGUGGACCACAGCCCUCCGCCUCCCUCCUCUUCCUGCGGGGGAGUUAUGUGCACAUCCUUUUUGUCAGGUGGAAGUGAACUGCGGCAUCGCUGGUAUGGGCGGCCUGUGCUCCCAGGUCCUGUUUUGUGUCUUGUGGAGAGGGAGCAGAUCGGCUUUACGCAGGCUGCGAUGGAUGUUUCCCCGCCCUCCAGGCCACCCGGUCCCCGGGAAGACGAGGCUGAGGCAAGGCCUCGGCACCUGCCCCUGGGCUCUUUUCUGCCCUCAUCAGGUCCGGUGACAGCCUGCUUUGAGCUCACAGGUGUCACUCAGCUGGCACUUGUCUUUCCGCUGAAACAGAGGGGCCUCCAGGGACCUUCUGUGUGAGCGGGGACUCGCCAGAGAGCCCGUGGCACUGGUAGACAGAAAGCUCUCCUCCAGUUCAGGAGGAGGAGAAAACUGCCCUCGGCCUCCAGACGAUGACGGACCUCCCUUGAAACACAACUUAGUUGAAUGUGGGUCAAUGUUAGGAAAGAAAGCAUUUCCCCCAACUGUUAGGAGGAACAAGUACAGGCAGUGAGAGGGACACUGCUGCUCAGAUUCCACUUUGCCCUCAAGCGGCUUCUUGCGGUCGGAAGGAUGCGGCAUCUCUAGGGUGGGCGCGCUUGGCUGUCCUGCACGCCUGCGCCCCCUGGACAGCGUUUGCGUGCUGUGGCACAGGGCUUCCUCCAGAGGAACUACACAAAGUGGCUGUAAGACUGUCUUAGUAAAAGACCCUCAUGAGCCCAGGAGUGGCUCCACCAUGGGCUGCUAGCUUCAGAUGGGAAUGCGUUCACCGCAGCCUGGUCUCUGGCCUCUAGAAUACCUCUGCCUAGAAGCAAUAUUAUUUAAUAAGAACAAUGUGGAUUGUUCAAAGUGCUGCUAUGAAGACAGAAUCCUAGGACUUAGCCCUGGCGGUGCCCCUUCGCGUGCUUUGGUUCUUCGAGGCAAGGGCAGAACAUGGAGUAUAACAGGUCCCCUGCCGAUUUCUGGCUUCGCUCUUCCCAGUGCGCUCCUGUCCUUUGCAGCUCCCUUGUACUUCGUAAGUUCCUUUCUCUGGGCCUUGUUUUCACAUUGGGUUUUCUGAGCGUGCAGGACAGUCCCCAUCAUCACUGCACUUGCUCUUGCUCAGAUCUGGGGCAGGACACCUGCCCCUGGCAUCUGCUUUCAGUACCAAAAGCUGCUCCACUGGUGCCUGGGCCAGCGCUUGGCUCUGGUGCCUGGCAGGCACCCCUUUCCUGCUGCAGCCAGAGGUCCAAAUUGUCUUGAGUGUGGGCAGGAGAAAGGUUUGUCCAUUUGGGACCUGCUGUGUCUCCUCUGUCCUCCCUGAAGUCACAACUGCUUGGCAGAGAGGGAUUUUGUUAGAUGCCUAUGGAUGAAUUUCCUGAACUGAAGUAAAUACUGACUUCAUGCAGGAAAGAUGGUUUUGCACUUAAGUUUAUAAACAAAAGUCACAGGAGCAGCUCACUGCCAUUGCAGAAGCUACAGGCACUCUGUCUGUCUGCUCUUCUCCUGGCAGGACCGGCUCUGAUUUCCAGGCCCCAGCUCUACUGCUGGAGGCGACAUUAGAAACUACACCCUGGGGUUGGGGGUGCAGUGGCCAGGCAGGGCUGCCACGAGGAGGUGCUUCCUGGGCAUGUAAAGCGGGUGGCAUUCCCGUGGAGGUGGGAGAAAGGUCCUCAGGGCAAAACAUCCAAAGGACAACAAGAAAGAGGUGCGAGCCAGAGGUCACUGCUGGAGGUCACUAUUGGUCACAUCAUGGCCCAGAGAAAGACUGAAUUCCACCACGAAGCCCAGCCCGCCACCCUGAUGGGAACUUCCAAAGUAUUCUUGUGCCAGACUGAAAUGAAGAUUCCUGCUUUCACUGGGUGAGCCUUGGGGAUUUGUUAGCUUCUUUUACAAAGGCAGAUGGCUGGUUGAGCUGCUCAGCACUGUGGCAGAGUUAAGAGGGCUGUGGCUUUAUUUUAGGCAUCCUUUUCCCUGCAGGGAGAACCUCCACGUAAAGCUCUUACUCAUUCUUGGCAUCUGCUCUUCUGUCAGCCACUGAAGUGUAGGGAGAAGAAAAGCCCAGGCCAGGACGGUGGCAGGUGACCUUUGCCCUUGGGUCAAGCAGCUGGAUGCUGGCUCCCAUGAGCCAGCGGCAUCCUCGGGUCAUGGCCCCUUGGGUUGUGGUCCCCCAAAGACUGCCAAGGACACCUGGGAGGGCGCCAAGGGACCCUCUCGUCCCCACACCUUACCCACUUAAGAGUAAGAGGAGAAUCUGCAGCAUCCUGCUUUUUGCUCUUUAUCUGGGGAUGUUUCUGGAGUAGUUGGAUCAGUGUGCAGGGAGCUGGGCCCAAGUGCGUGGGUACAGUGUCAGAAUGGCUGGACACGCCCCAACCCUCUGCAGGUUUUCUUCCCCGCAGUAACAGCACUUACCCGAGUCUAGCACUAUCCCCUAGUUCCUGCGUGGGUUGGCUGAGCUGGGAGGAGCCCUGUGGCUCAAAGGCAGAUUCUUUGCCUUUGUUACCUUCUCUGGCUGUGGAUUCAAACUGCCUGUAGCCUCUGAAUGUCUGGGUUAGCUGGUCCAGAUUUUUUUUUUUUAUAGUCAGUAAAAAUGGGGUUAAAAAUCAAACAUUUUAAGUUUGGUCCUUCUCUCUCUUCCUUGCUAUCUCCACGGGAGGCAUUUUGGAUUCCUGAUACAGCUUAACUUCUGUGGCUUGGUUCCCGUUGCAGGAAAAGUGGCAGGGAGGGGAGGAGAGACUGCUGUCUGAGUCUUCGCUGAGACUCGGCAUGGGAGGGAAGGGGUAAAGCCAACUCUGAGAUUGUUUUUUAGCUGAAUGAUAAUUCUCCUGUAAAAAUAAUUGGGCGGGGGGUGGGUGUUGUUCGGGGAGUGUGUGUGUGUGUGUGUGUGUGUGUGUAUGUGUGUGUGUGGUUUUUUUUUAUUUUACAGUGGCUGUCUAAAGUAUUUUCACAAUACGUUUAGUAAUCAGUGCUUUAAAAAGCAAUGGUAUCCUGUAAAGUGGGAAUUCCAGUUCUAGAGCUUGGGAUGCGUCCCACAUCCAUGGACGAAAGGUCCCCAUGGGCAGAAGCGCUGGAGUCGGGAGAGCCGGUGGACCCGCGUCUAAAGCAGCUUGCCUGGGUUUUCAUUUCAAAUGGGAUACAGUAUUUUUUUAUUACGGAGCCAUACUUUUUUUUAAAAGUUUGAGAUCUGAAUGUGAUUUCUAAUUGUAUCAGAUGUUAAUGUUUUAAAACUAUAACAAAGUUUAAAAUUUCUACUUUUUUGGUUUCUUUUUUUCAUUUACUUUAACUGUUCUUUUAUCUAUUAAAUGUUGUAUGUGGAUGGGGAAGUUUUGUUUCUCCUCUUAGCGUUUGUUUCUAUAACCAGAAAUAAAAUUAUAUAUUAAAGAAAUGA